AUGACGAUGGUGAAGAAAGGGUCAAGAAUGGCCUCUCGUAAUCUGACAGGCGUCAUUGUUUGUUUGGUUUUACUUGGACAAGGAGCACCUGAGGGGGCAGGAAGUGAUAAAGUGGACCAGAGAGAUGCUAUCCUCAAGGAGAUCAUUUCAAAAUGGAGUAAAGGUGCUAGUUUGGGUUCACACCGACCCCCACCAGAAACACACGAGGACCAGUCGUUCCCCUCUUGGAUGAGGAAUAUCCUUGGGGGCUUAAAAACGCUUUUCCCCAACAAGAACUUGCCUUCACUGAACAAGCCGGUAGACAGACGUCGUCUGUCUGGGUUCCUCUACAACAUCUCCCUGUACCUCCAGGAGAUGGGAGCUGAGCUGGAGGAGUUGCCCUCGGAGCCGGACGAGGAGCAGCUUUGGGAGAAGGUGUUGCAUUUCUUUCUGCAGUCUGAAGGAAAUGCUGCGCUGAACCAGUGGAACGGCCGCGUCCCGCCUCGACCCAGCGUCAAAGUGCAGGACUGGUUUUUGUCCCUGAGGGGCAGCCCACACUGGGACUGGUUCCUGGGGCUGCUGCAGAGUCUCAUCACUCUGUCAGAGCGCCAGCCCCACAGGCCCCUCCUGACUUUCUUGUCUCAGAACUGGAGGACCGUGAGUGCUGUGCUGGAAGCUACACUUCAGGCUCUAAUCAGUGGGACGUAUGGUCAGGCCAGUGCAGGCCUGCAGGGCUUCAUCUGCGCCCUGAAGGGUCGUAAUGAUUGCACCUUCAGUGUCAGCUGGUUUCAGCAGCUGCUGCACUUCCUGGAAACACGUAACUGGAAACCUGUGGUCAGUUUGCAUCCAGCAGGGGAAGCUGCUGGGUACAGUAAGGGCACGUUUGGACGUUUUAGGCCCUUCAGCAUGCCCCCUGAAGCCAUGAGACAGGAUUGGUCAUCUGCCAACGCAUCUGCAGAAGACGUGAUGGCCACAGAGGACGAGCCGGACUCCAUGCAAAGCCUCCUGCUGCAGGCUUUGUCCCGCUCAGGUGGAGGUGAGCGUGGAGGUGGUUUGCCUCAGAAGAACUUAGCUCUUGUUCAGAGUUUGGACGGGCUGAGGCGGGGUGUUCUGCACAGGGUGGGCAGCUCUGUGUACGGUAACCUGAGGAAGAAGGUGUCUCAAGUCACAGUGGCGCUGCUUGAUGAUGUCAGCAGCCUGGUGGACGGGCCCAACACACGAGGCCGGUGCUCAGUCGGGGACUUGAGACACUUGAUCUUAUGGGGGAUAAGGCAUAAUGUGAUGUGGAACGCUCAGGCUUUGGGCUCUCAGGGCCUCCCUGGUUCAUUCCCGUUUUUGUCCUGCCCCUCAACACAGGGACCACCACCUCAGCAAACCUCCACAAACCUUCACAACUCGAGAACCUUCAAACAAAAGCAAACUGUGGAACUCCCGACUGGACCUCGCUGGCAGUUCAGAGAUGGGAACAGCAAGCAGAAAGAGCUGGAGUUCUCCACCUCCGCGGAGAUCCUGGAGGCAGCGUGUAAUGAAUCCAUCCCAGGUUUGAGCGGCGUCUCUAACUUCACUGUAUUCCUGUAUUGCAAACUGUUUGAAGGGGAGAAUGGCUCUGCUAAUCCAGCUGUGACUCAUUUGGAGCUCGACCUACACGCUACGUGCUCUGAUGCAGAAUGGUACCUGUCCGCUGCUGAGGAGGACUUCUUCUGGGUCCACGUCUGCAGUGAGUUCUUUGCUCAUGAAUUCAACAACACCGUGUGUGCCAACUCGUCCUUCUGGCUGCAGAGAGUGCAGCAGGCUGCGGCGCUGAAGGAUUAUCACUUUUUUAACCAGACAAGUAUUGACAGCCUGUGUGUGCAGCUUUCAGAAGAAGAAACAGCAAGUCCAGGACACAGUGAGAGCUGUCUGUCCCAGUUGGGCACCAGGUCCCUCAGUGCUGAAGCUUUCAGAGACUGCUUCCUGCCUAACAACUCAGUCCUGGUCUCAGCUCUGUGUGAGCCACAGCAGUCCCUGUCAGAAGGCAGCUGGGCAGCAGCGUACUGCUCCAAGAUGCACAACAUCACCUUUGAGGACACCUCCAGCCAGACCUGCGAGUACAGGAACUGGUCUGUGCAACAUUUCACCAACACCACCCUCCUGCAGCUCUGUGGACAGACACCGGGACUGAGGGAGCACAUCUGUAUGACUGCUGCUCUCUACCAUCAGCUGGUAAGAGCAAAGCCUCUGCUUGCAGAUGUCUGUGCAGAUCUUCAAGCAGAACAGGAAAGCAGGAAGUGCUUCCUGCAGAGAUUCUUUGACAUGCUCCCAGCACGGUAUGAGUUCGACACAUCUCAGCUGUGUGUGGAGCCCGCCCCGCUGCUGGCAGACCUCCUGCACAAGCUGAGUGUGUGUGAGAUGGAAGGAGGAGAGCAGGAGGGGUUUUUAGUGGUGCUGGGUUAUUUGCUGCGUGUGUUGGAUGUCAUGGUGGGGCUUUCUUCUGGGCUGGAUGAAGGGGAGCGUGAGGCGAGGCAGGGUCUGGGCCAGGCCAUCCUGCUGUCCAGUCUGCUUGAUAACACAUCGUGGACCGUGCUGCGGCCUGAGGCCUCCACGAGUGUCCUGCACACUGUGGGAGUCUUUCUGCGGAAAGAGCACAACGCCUCCCUGAAAGAGGACCUGCUGAGCUGCUUCAGUCCCAUCCUGUGGGACCUCAUCCAGCAGAACAAUAACUCGUCCACUCUUAGGGUUCUGCUGCAGGAGUACUUCCAGAUGCCCAGAGACAGCAUUCGCUCUCUGGUGAUGUCUGCUGAAAAAGAUGCUGUGAAGAGAUUCAUCUCCCACAUGCAUCAAAGUUGGGACCAGCUGCAAGUGGAAACCAGCCAGGCUUCCCAACAAGAGGCCAUGGAAACAAUGACGGCUGCCUUCAUCCAUAAGUUCCCCAGAGUGACCCCAGAGCUGUUCGUGGACCUCUCGCAGUUCAUUCCUUUCAUGUCUGUUUCUGACAUUAUGAGCUUCCCAGCCUCCUUGAUCGUCAACGACAGCGUGCUGACGGCCAUCCGUGACCACAGCUCAGAAAUGAAGUCGCUGCAGAAAAAGGCUUUUGUGAAGCGCCUGCUGCAGUCGAAGGUGGUGGGAGAUGUCCCCACAUGGCCACCGUACUUCCUCAGUUCUGUUCUCCCGCUUCUGCCUUACCUGCCUGUCAGUCAUUUCCAUCAGCUGACGUCCCAGCAGCUUGCUCCUCUGCUGGAGUUGCUAGGCAACAGCAGCCUGGAUGGCGUGCGGGGGCGCCACGUUCUUCGGACGCUUUUCAGUAAGAGAAAGAAUCUGACGGGCGAUUACCUGCUGAGAUUAGGAGUCCUCGCGUGCUACAUGGAUCCAGCAGACUUGGGUUUAUAUCUCCAGGACUCAGCUGUGUCCUCUGCUCUGUGGCAGCAGCUGUCUCAGUGCAUAUCCAAGGGGCUCAUUGAUGCUAAUGGCAGGUUGUCGUCCUGGUUGAUCCCAGCAGCAUCAGCCAAGCUGAACAUCAGCAGCUCGGCUUCUUCAGACCUGUCUGAUCUCAGUGGUCUGCUGCCUCAGUUAGGAGCCUCUUUCCUGCUGCCUCUGCCUUCACAAGAGCUGCAGGAAAUCCUGUCUCAGCCUGGACUUCACACAUUUUCACCAGCCCAGGCGUUUCAGAUUUUGUCCAGAAUCACAAAGGAUGCCAACCUCUCUGUGGAAACACUGUGCAGCCUGAAGCCGUUGCACUCUGCUCUCUUUCCUGCUCUGCUCACACACCUCCGGUGGUCUGACAUCAGUGAAGAAGUCCACUGUCCGUGCUGGAGAGCCAUGCUUACUGAUCUCAAGCCUGGCCACAGAGCCAUGCUGUAUGAUGCAAUGCAGGAGGCGCUGCACAGAGACUUAAAGAACGUCACUCAGCAAGCAGACUGCCUGCUUCCUUUUGUUCCACUGAGAAAGCUGAUACCGAUCAUGAAUGGCGAAACCGUUUGGAGAGGCAUCAACACAUACAGAGACGUGCACUGGUCGCCUCAGCAGGCUCAGUUUUUAUUCAGCAAGAUCCUUGACUUUAAAAACAUUACCGUCAAGACAUUGAGAGGUCUGGGUCACAUUGCCGGCGGAAUGAGUUGUGAUUUUUUCAGGCUUUGGAUCAACGACACAGGUUUGAAAGACUUGCUUCAGUUUGUCAGUGAACUUCCUGCAGGAGGCACGAGGCCUGCUCUGAGAAAAUGCAUCGUGGAGGAGCUGAGGAAUCGACCUGAACUUGACCUCGGUGUUUUAAGUUCUGGGUUUGCUGCUACCUUACCGGUGACGAUGAUAGAGAGCCUCUCCAACACGUCUGUCAGAGCCAUUCUGAGCCACAUUCACUCACACUUUGUUGAUUUCCUGCAACUGCCACGUUACAAACAGACAAAUUUAGCUGAGAAGGCCGUAGCUGAACUGGGUUCUUCUCUGACUGAGGGGAAGAUUGAUGGCACCCUCCUUGAUGUCCUCGGAGCUCUCUUGCCCUUUUUGGACAGGGACAGUCUGGCUCUUGUGGACAGAGGAGCGCUGGCUCUGCGGCUGGAGGACAUGAGGAGCUUCUGUCUUCCUGCAGAGGCUCUCAAAGAUAUCAGUGCCGUUCUGACUCACAAAGACCUGUUUGGAGAUCCUUCCAAAUGGCAGGUUGGGGACGUGGAGCAUUUGGGCAGGCUUGUGUUCGCCCUCUUAACAAAACAGAUUAACUCCAUUCCACUGACGGUGUUGAACAGGGACAUAGUGGAGCAGGUCUUGGUGGGUCAGAGGCGCUGGCAGGACAGUGUGGUGGGUGAGGUCUGCAGCGGUCGGUGCAUAGACCAGGAUCUCCACAGGCGGCAGACUCAGAGUCUCCUUCGAGGGAUUGUCAAAGCACGGAGCAGGAGGGCGAAAGAGCCGGUUCCAAGCUGCGCAGACAUCAGGGGGACGUUUCCUUCUGCUUGGACAUCCACUCAGCUCCGUCGUAUGACAGCAGAAGAGCUGAACUUGUGUGUGGAGGUGUUGGGUCAGGACCGGACUCUGAGCUCCGAGCAGCGGCGGUCACUGUGGGUGAAACUUAGGCAGUCCUUCAGUCCUGUGCGGGAGCUGAGAGCAGAUCAGGUUCUGGCUCUGGGAUCGGUGCUGACAGAGAUGGGCGACAGAGAGCUGCAGGAUGCCAACCUCACUCAUCCAGCUGUGCUGGCACAUCUGGGCACGUUGACAGGCUGGACUCCUCCAAAGAUGAGAGCGGUGACUUUAGGUGUUUUGAGGAAACGCAGGCUGAAAGUGGAGCAGUUAACAGCGGUGGACCUGGCAACUUUUGGCCACUUGAUCUGUGGUCUGCACCCCUCAGAGAUCAAACGACUCAGCCCGUAUGACCUCAGUGUGGCUGCCCUGUUCCUGCGGGACAUGUUCUUGCCAUGUUCAGAGCAGCAGCUGGAGGCUCUGACAAGUCGACUGUCCAGACCCGAGGCCUUUGGUCCGGUCAGUGCCUGGGGGCCGGAGAUUUUUUCUGAAAUCGGGACUCUGGCAGCGGGCCUGUCUGAUAUGGUGCUGUCAGCUCUGCUGCGAGAACAGGUGGAGGGACUCACCCCUGAAGCUGUCGCCCUGAUGGCUCCCCGAAAAAUAUCCGUGGUGUUCAGCGCGGUCCAGUUGUCGUGGCUCAGUACGGAGCAGGCGUGGGCGGUCACAGAGGCCCAGUGGGCCGAGCUGGACACCGACCAGAGGCACGCUGUUGGACUCGCUCGCUACGAGGGGGACGUCCUGCUGGAGCUCAGAGGAAGAAACUCGUCUCCAGCUGCUCAGAAGUCGGGCGGCCUCACGUUCUGCUCCCUGGUUCUGUGCCUUUGGUUCCACCAGCUCGUUUAA